GUUUUCUUUUUCUUUUUUUUUCUUUUCUUCUUUUUCCUCAUCUUUUCUUCACUCAACGUCAGCAUCAUGGCUCAGGUUCCUGUAUCUGCAGAAGUGAUUCAACAACUCACUCCUGUAUUGACAAAUCUUUUAUCAGUUGACAACAACCAAAGAUCUGAAGCUGAAAAUCUAUUGAAUGAUCAAUGGGUAACUCAACAACCCGAUCUUUUAUUACUUGGUCUCGGUCAAUUUGUUGCUCAUAAUACUGAAGUUCAGCUUCGUUCUCACUGUAGUGUUCUUCUUCGUCGUCUAUCUUUCAAGCAAUUCACCUCAUCUACUAAUCCUGAUGCUCGUUUAUGGGACAUGGUUCAAGAAUCUACUCGCCAAACUGUGAAGGAAUUACUCUUAAUUGCUCUCGCUAAUGAAUCUGAUCAAAGUACUCGUCACAAAGUUGCUGAUACUAUUGCCGAAGUUGCAAAGACUGAUCUUAAUGGAGAUGGAGGAAAAUGGGAAACUUUACCAAAGGCCUUGUUUGAAUGUAGUCAAUCGCCAAAUGCUGCGCACAGAGAAUCUGCUUUCCGUAUCUUUGCUUCUGUUCCUGAAUUGAUCUCCGAUCAACAUGUAGAUGCUCUCAAGUCUGUAUUCUUGACUAGUUUGACGGAUAGUGAAAGCCAAGAAGUUCGAUUGGAAGCUAUGAAAGCUGCUGCUGCUUAUAUUAUUCAAGCUGAUGAAGCUGGUCAAAAAACUUUGGGUACUUUGAUGCCUCAAAUGCUUGAUCCCUUGUCUCCUAUUAUUGCUGCUCGUGAUGAUCAAACUUUGGUGGAUGGUCUUGUGGUUUUGAUUGAAUUGGCCGACAACGUACCUCGUUUAUUCCGUUCUGUCCUUCCCAAUGUACUUACUGUGAUGGUGUCAAUUGCCAAGGAUAAAUCUUUUGAAGAUCGUACGCGUCAAACUGCCUUGGAACUUUUGUUGACUCUAUGCGAAGCUGCUCCUGGUAUGUGUCGCAAGGUUUCCAACUUUGCUAAUGAAAUUAUCCCUGUUGCUAUGGAAAUGAUCACUGAUAUUGAAGAUGAACCAACAUGGUAUACCACGGAUGAUUUGGAAGAAGAUGACAAUGAAGAAAAUUAUGUUAUGGGUGAAAGCACUAUGGAUCGUUUAGCUCGUACACUUGGUGGAAAAUAUGUGGUUCCUAUUGCUUUCCAAUACAUCCCUCAAAUGCUUCAAUCUGGUGAAUGGCAACAACGUCGAGCUGCUCUUAUGGCCAUCUCUUCUAUUGGUGAAGGUUCUGUCAAGAUCAUGAAACCUGAACUUGGAAAUAUCAUGCAAAUGUUAUUGGGUCCUUUCAAGGAUGCUCAUCCUCGUGUUCGUUAUGCUGCUUGUAAUGCUGUUGGUCAAAUGUCCACCGAUUUCGCUCCUUUCCUUCAAAAGAAUUUCCAUCAACUUAUCAUCAGUGCUCUCUUACCAGUCAUGGAAGAUAAUUCUCAACCUCGUGUUCAAGCUCAUGCUGCUGCUGCUAUGGUCAACUUUUGUGAAGAAGCUGAUAAGGCCACUCUUGAUCCUUAUUUGGAUGCUAUUUUUGAGCGAUUAUUGGUUCUAUUGAAGACUCCCAAGACAUAUGUACAAGAACAAGCUAUCACCACCAUCGCUACUGUUGCUGACUGUGCUGAAGAUAAAUUCAUCAAGUAUCAUUCUGUCAUCAUGCCCAUCUUAUUGGAUAUUCUCACUCAAGCUACUGAUAAACAAUACCGUUUGUUACGUUGCCGUACUAUUGAAUGUGCUUCUUUGAUUGGUCUUGCUAUUGGAAAAGAAGCCUUUGCUCCUUAUACUGAUAAUUUUAUUCAACUUUUGGCCCAAAUUCAACAAACAGCAACUGAUCCUGAUGAUGUACAAACAACUUACCUUUUGGCUGCUUGGGCCCGUAUGUGCAAAAUGAUGGGACAAGAUUUCUUACCUUAUCUACCCAACAUUAUGCCUCCUUUGUUACAAUCUGCUCAAUUGACUCCUGAAUUUACUUUUGUCGAUCCUGAAGAUGAAGAUGUGGAAAGCAAAUAUCCUACUGAAGAUGGAUGGGAAUUUGUGGGUAUCAACGGUCAACAAAUUGGUAUCAAGACCUCUGUGUUAGAAGAAAAACAUACUGCUAUCGAAAUGCUCGUUAGCUAUGCUAGGGAUUUGGGUGCUGGUUUUAUUCAAUAUGUGGGUCCUGUUUUGGAAAUUGCCUUACCACUUCUCAAAUUUUACUUCCAUGAUGGUGUACGACAUGCUGCUGCUACAUUGAUCCCCUUGUUACUACGUGAUGCCAAGGAUGCAAAUGUUGCUCCCAACGAACUAGCUGCCAUGUGGUCUUCUAUUUAUGAAAGAAUGGCCAAGAUUAUGAUGAUUGAAGAUGAUAUCACCUUUUUGUCUCAAGUAUAUGCUGCAUUCCACGAUUGUUUGGAAGUAUUGGGUGAAAAUUGUUUACAACCUAGCGAUAUUGAAACAUUCAUCAAAGCGACUGAAGAACAACUCAAGAAAUUCUAUGAACGAUUGAAUGAACGUGAAGCUGGAAAACAAAAUGGUGAUUACGAUGGUGAAGAUGAUGAACAAUUAUUGGAAGAUGAAAUCACAGAAGAAGAAGCUCUUAGUGAAUUAGCUCGUGCCAUGCAAGCCAUCUUCAAAGCUCACCGUGCUGCCUUUUUACCAUUCUUUGAAAAGUUACUACCUUUGGUUCUUCAAUUCCUUGGUCAUGCGAACCCUGCUGCUAGACAAUGGGCUAUUUGUGUAUUUGAUGAUGUAAUUGAAUUUACUGGUCCUAACUCUUAUAACUAUUCAAACUACUUUUUGCAAGCCAUGAUCAAUGGUCUUUCUGAUCCUGCUGGUGAAGUACGUCAAGCUGCUGCUUAUGGUAUUGGUGUGUGUGGUCAAUUUGGUGGUCCUCAAUAUGCUGAUGCUUGUGCUGCCGCUUUGGAACCUCUGUUUGGUAUGAUCAAUGCUCCCAACUCACGAGAAGAUGAAGUAGUGAUGGUAACCGAAAAUGCCAUCUCUGCCGUCGCCAAGAUCUGUCAAUUCAAUAGUAGCAAGAUCAAUGUGGAUUCUGUUUUAAGUGCCUGGGUGGAUACUUUACCUAUUGUGAAUGAUGAUCAAGAAGCGCCUGUUGUAUACACUUAUCUGUUGAAUUUACUUGAAGCUCAUCAUCCCAGUGUUUUGGGUGCCAACAAUGCUAACAUUCCCACUUUGGUCAAGAUUUUCACUCAAGUAUUGGCCGCUGAUAUCUUAUCUACUGAAUUGGUACCUCGUAUGGUUAACAGUUUGAAGGUGAUUUUAGGUGGAUUGGAUGAAGCUACUCGUAAUCAAUUAUGGAACGCCAUUGAACCAGAAACAAGAAGCAUUAUCCAACAAAAGGGUUAUGUGUAGAAGGAUAGAAUGGAUCCUUUCACUCACUCAAUUACUCUCUUUCUCUUUUUUUUCUCUCUUAGACUUCCUUUCAUUCAUUCUCCCUUUUUCUUUCCCCCCCCCUCAUACACCAUUUAUCCAUUUGCCUAUUAUUAUUAUUAUUAUUAUCUUUCUUUAUGU